UGGGGAUGAAAAAGCCGGCGGUUUGGCCAAUUUACGUGGUCGUUGGCACGGCGGCGGCCGCUUGUUAUGCGAACGCACUCGGUGGUGAGUUUGUGCAUGAUGACAUCCCGGCGGUGGUGCUCAAUGGCGAUGUGGUGGCGGCGAGGCCUAUUCUUGAUGUUUUUCGGAAUGACUUCUGGGGGACGCCGAUGGCUGAUCCGCAUAGUCACAAAUCAUAUAGGCCUUUAACUACGUUGAGUUUUAGAUUAAACUUUUGCUUGUUCGGUUUACAUUCGUUCUGGUUCCACCUAACGAACAUAAUCUUACACUCUAUAACUUCAACGCUUUUUGUGCGAACAUGUUUGGAGGUGGCACGCCUAGAAGCGCCGUUCGCCACAGUCGCUGGCCUCCUCUUCGCUGUGCAUCCAGUACACACCGAAGCAGUAACUGGAAUUGUUGGCAGGGCGGACGUGCUUGCAGGUCUUCUCUUCCUUGCAUCCCUGCUAAACUAUAAUCAGUCUCGAAACACACAGAGUAUAAUUUUUGGAGGGUUGAGUAUGCUUGCGAAGGAAACAGGCAUUACGAUAUUUUUAGUCAAUUUUUUCUUUGACUUGUAUAAGAGUUAUCCGAGGCUCAAAAAUGAUUUUGUCGAUGUGCAAUGGACAAUGGAGACUAAAAAUUUCACAAAACGGACCCUAAUCAAUUUUAUUGCGUUUGGGGUAUUAAUCACCUUCAGACUAUACGUCCUACAAGGAUCUCUACCAAUGUUUUCCGAACAGGAUAAUCCCGCUGCGUUCCACCCAUGCAUAUUAGUAAGGACAAUGACAUUCUGCUAUCUGGCCGCGUUUAACUGGUGGCUCCUGCUGUGUCCUGCGACCCUCUCGCACGACUGGCAGAUGGGCUCCGUUCCGCUGGUCACGUCGCCGGAGGACUCGCGCAAUCUGCUCACGUGCCUCUGCUUCGUCCUCGUGCUGUUGCUCUUCGCCCGCAGUCUUUUAGAUUUCGAGAGCCAGGAAAGUGCGCCGAUUAUCCUGGGACUGCUAAUGCUCGUACUUCCGUUUGUUCCGGCUGCUAAUUUGUUCGUCACUGUGGGAUUUGUCAUCGCCGAACGCAUUUUAUACAUACCAAGCAUGGGAAGUAUACUUCUAAUUGUGACUGGAAUACGCCACCUAUGGCAUGUUUACCAUCGCCAGCGACAGACAAUCUUCUCCUGCCUACUCCUAUUAUUCAUGUGUCAAAGCCUCCGCUGCGUUGUGCGCAAUCGCGACUGGCUUUCACGCGAAUCCCUCCUCCGUGCAGGAAUUGCAACGUUGCCACACAACGCAAAAAUGCAUUAUAACUACGGCAACUUUCUACGGGAUUCAGCGCAUUACGAACUAGCAAUGGCGCAUUACUACACCGCAUUAAGAUUGUGGCCUUCAUAUGCAAGCGCACAUAACAACCUAGGCACACUAUUGAAGGACCCACACGAAGCCGAAAUGCAUUUUAAAUUAGCGAUACGUUUCUCCAAAGAUCACCUGAACGCACAUUAUAACCUUGGUAAAAUGUACCGGAUGAAUAACACGGAGGAAUCGUACAAAAUGUUGAAAAAGUGUCUGUCAAUUGACGCGACGUUCAAACCAGCGUUUAUUGAGUUAUGUAGAUUGAACACGAAAUGGAAUUACAGUGGAUAUACAGGGCGUUUCCUGAAAAAAAUCGUUGAGAUUAAUCAUCAUGACUAUGAAUAUGCGAAGGUUUAUGCACAACGGCUGCAAAAACAAGGCAAUUUAAAACUAGCGUUUAAAUAUUUUAUGUAUGCUGGAGGAUUUACGCAAACAAAACACGAUGGGAUGAUUGGCGCAAUGCAAAUUUUACGGUGUUUUGAUAGUCAAGGACGAUUAUUUCAGCUUAUUACCAGAUAUCAAGCAAUACAUCGCUUUUCAAGUGGAUUAACUUCAAUUCACACAAACGCGUAUCUUCAAAGAUGGCAUUUGAACUUUGAAGUAAGUAAUCAAGCAAGAAGCUACGUCCUGGGCGAGAAACAAAGGAAUUUAACGAAAUUGUAUACCUACAGUGAUAUUUAACAAAGUUAAUGUAAAAAUAAACACAAUAAAUAAAAUGGAACAAAAGCAA